AGAAAGCAGCUGAUGAUGAAGUCCAGAAGUCCGACAUCUCGUCCAGCAGCCAAGGGGUGAUUGAGAAGGAGUCUCUGGGACCUCUUCUUCUGGAGGCGUUGGACGGCUUCUUCUUCGUUGUGAACCGCGAAGGGAGGAUCGUCUUCGUCUCCGAGAACGUGACCAGCUACCUGGGUUACAACCAGGAGGAGCUCAUGAACACCAGUGUCUACAGCAUCCUGCACGUGGGGGAUCACGCCGAGUUCGUCAAGAACUUGUUGCCGAAGUCUCUAGUAAAUGGAGUUCCUUGGCCUCAAGAAGCGACCAGGCGCAACAGCCAUACCUUCAGCUGCAGGAUGCUGAUCCGGCCGCCCGACGAGCCGGGUGCGGAGAACCAGGAGGCUCGUCAGCGCUACGAGGUGAUGCAGUGCUUCACCGUCUCCCAGCCCAAGUCCUUCAAGGAGGAAGGAGAAGAUUUCCAGUCAUGUCUGAUAUGCAUCGCGAGACGAUUACCUCGACCGGCAGCCGUCACCCCUUCCGAAUCCUUCGUGACCAAGCAAGACACCACAGGUAAAAUUAUCUCCAUUGACACCAGUUCCCUGAGAGCCGCCGGCAGGACGGGCUGGGAGGAUUUGGUGCGGAAAUGCAUCUACGCUUUCUUCCAGCCGCAGGGCAGAGAGCCGUCUUACGCCAAACAGCUCUUUCAAGAAGUGAUGACACGCGGCACGGCCUUCAGCCCCUCCUAUCGAUUCACCUUGAGUGAUGGGACAGUGCUUAGUGCCCACACCAAGUGUAAGCUCUGCUACCCCUCCAGCCCGGAGAUGCAGCCCUUCAUCAUGGGCAUCCACGUCAUCGACAGGGAUCACGGCAUGCUCUCACCCCAGGAGAACACUAACUCGGCGAUGUCCCUUCCCCGGGUCAGCCCCUCGCUGAACCCCAGCAUCUCCCCGGGGC